UUUAAAGUCACACUUAAGCUGCAGAAUGUGGAGAAGUUUUAGAGUUUGAUGGCCAGAGGAGAAGACUUUUUUGUUGGGUUCUGUGGUUCUCCUCAGUGGUCUGCGGGCUGAAGAUGCUCAGAUUAGACAACAGACAGAGGUGCAGCGUGUGGGAGGUGUUGUGGGUGAUACUGCAGUGUUGAUUGUCUCGACUCUACCAGAAAGCAAGGAGGCAAUCUUAGUGGUGCAGAUGCCUCAUUUUCUUAUCAGAGCUGAAAAUCCAUAAUGCAGAUGUUGUCCAGCCCAUUGCUUGUCCAAUCACAUGCUCUGGGAGGGGAGCACGGCUGCUUUAAAAGAUGCACGGGGAGUCCAGGAUCUACAGACCUGCACAAAGAACCCUAAAGCCGGCAUCAUGGUUGAAUGGACAGAGUUCGAGCGCGCCACCAUCCAGGACAUCUUUGCUAGGAUGGACUAUGACGUUGUGGGCCCUGCAGCUCUCUUUAGGUAAGACAGUCUUGUGUUUUGCCAUAUUUAGGAUCAAUAAUCAGGAUUAUUUUCAUGGGACACAGAUUGCAUCUUUUCAAUGUUUUUGCUUUGACAUGUUUCCCCAGGUGUCUGGUUGUCUACCCCUGGACUCAGAGGUAUUUUGGAAACUUUGGAAACCUUUAUAACGCUGCUGCUAUCAUAGCUAAUCCCAUGGUGGCGAAUCACGGGAAAGUCAUCCUGCACGGUAUGGACCGGGCUGUGAAGAACAUGGACAACAUCAAGGCAACCUAUGCCGAGCUGAGUGUGCUGCACUCUGAGAAACUGCACGUGGAUCCCGACAACUUCAGGGUAAAGUUUCAGAACUUCUGAAUCCAUCAAAACACCCGUCUGCCAAACAGCUGCCAUGUUUUUAAUCAUCAUAUGCUUGUUUUGUUGCAGCUGCUAUCCGAUUGUCUGACCAUCGUGGUUGCUGCCCAGUGGGGUAAAGAGUUCACUGGUGAGAUCCAGGCAGCUUUCCAGAAGUUUCUGGCCGUGGUGGUGACCUCGCUGGGCAAGCAGUACCACUAGAGAGCUGCAGCAGAGGAACAUUGCAUGUGGAGCUUUUGUCUUUAAAGCUUGUUGAUUUUCCCUCAAAAGCAAAUAAAACAAUAAGCACAUUCAA